GAACUGCAUUUCCCAGAAGGCUGUGCUCGCCGUCUCGUUAGCCGGGCUACGGGUCGGUGGGGCGAACCUCUCAUCCUGGACUUUUUAAUUUCUCAGGGGGAAUGAGUGACGGUGGACAGAGGCCUUUGGCGGCGUCGUCUGUAGGCUGCCUGGCCUGGGGGCGCUGGACGCGGAGACCAUGGAGCCGGCCAUACAGCUCUCCUUCCAGUCGGGGGACAAAAAGCCGAGGCGCCGCGUCUCCUUUAAUCGCGGUGGGCGGGGCGAGGCGAAGCGACCCGCGUUGCUAUUGGCGGCGGUUGGGGGCGCGGAAACUGAACGGGACGCAACUGCAGCCGCUGCUUCCUCAGGCUCCUCUGGCGCCUUGGGCGCCCCUGGCCCCGCCAUGGCCGCUCCCUGCACGGAGGACCCCUCGCUGGAGAGGCAUUUUAAGGGCCACCGGGAUGCAGUUACCUGUGUGGACUUCAGUCUCAACACGAAGCAGCUGGCCAGUGGCUCCAUGGACUCAUGCCUCAUGGUGUGGCACAUGAAGCCCCAGUCACGUGCCUACCGCUUUGCCGGCCACAAGGACACCGUCACCUGUGUGAACUUCUCCCCUUCGGGACACCUGCUUGCCUCGGGCUCCCGCGACAAGACUGUCCGCAUCUGGGUACCCAACGUCAAAGGCGAGUCAACCAUGUUUCGUGCACACACGGCCACAGUGAGGAGCGUCCAUUUCUGCAGCGAUGGCCAGUCCUUCGUGACAGCCUCCGACGACAAGACAGUCAAGGUGUGGUCAACUCAUCGCCAGAAAUUCCUGUUCUCCCUGAGCCAGCACAUCAACUGGGUCCGCUGUGCCAAGUUCUCCCCAGAUGGGCGGCUCAUCGUGUCCGCCAGUGAUGACAAGACUGUCAAGCUGUGGGACAAGACCAGCCGGGAGUGUGUGCACUCGUACUGUGAGCACGGCGGCUUUGUCACCUACGUGGACUUCCACCCCAGCGGCACGUGCAUCGCCGCCGCCGGCAUGGACAACACGGUGAAGGUGUGGGACGUGCGGACUCACCGGCUCUUGCAGCACUAUCAGCCCAGAAGUGGAUUCCCCCCUCCCACCAGGCAGGGGCAGGAGUCAGGAGUCGAUGCAGAGCCAGCCCCAGGAGCCCGUCAGCAUGCCCCAGACGCUGACCAGCACGCUGGAGCACAUUGUAGGCCAGCUGGACGUCCUCACCCAGACAGUCUCCAUCCUGGAGCAGCGGUUGACACUGACAGAAGACAAGCUGAAGCAGUGUCUGGAGAACCAGCAGCUAAUCAUGCAGAGAACACCACCAUGAUCAGGGGAGCAAGAAUCAAGAGCUCGGUUGAUUUGGGGGGUGACAGGCCGGGGAUUUGUACUGGGGAACUUGAGUAAAUAAAUAAAGGGGAUUCAGCUCUGGGAAUCACAUCCAUCCCGGAGCCCCAGGGGUCCUGCACCUCUGCCCUCCACCCAAGCUGUCCGCACCUGGAGACUCUCCACUUGGCUGUGGGAGGCCCCACAUACCCACAGAUGACCACGUUUAAUUUAAUGUGAAGGAGCCACUUGAAAAUGUUUGCUACCUUGGAGUCCUAAGUGGAGUCCACUUUUCCCUUACCAACCUUUCUGCCGUACGACUGGCUUCCCCCCACCGACCUUUCCCAGCGUAGAAAUGGACUACUCAUUGGUUGGAUGAACCAGGAGUUUCCUAUAAAUCUGACAAAAGGCCCAAAGUGGGCCCAUCUGUGUCUGAUUUACCCAGGAACGAGCACUCUGGAGAGGGUGGUGGCUUUGCAGUGGCCUUGAUUUCUGCCCCACACAUGUUCACUGGGGCCUGAUGGCUUCCUCCUCUGCAUGCAUGAGGGCAAAGGAAACUGAACAUUAAAACAGAUUUCAUGGA